GUAAAAAUCCAAUUAAAUGAUCAUUCUUCAAUAUCUUGAUGGUUUAAGAAUUGAGAAUCUCGAGCUUCAAGUUAAGAAGAGCAGCCUCGAGUUGCAAGUUUUGGAAGAGAAAUUGAGAAAUUAUGAAGCAAAAGCCGAAGAAAAUCCUUCUUCAUUUCAAUUAACUUGGUGUGAAAGAAAUCUGAAAAAAUCGCUUGAGAAAGUCGUUGCUAGAAAAAAUGCAUUGAGCAUUAAUUUUCAAAUGUCAUAUGGACAACCUAAUAAUGUUCAGAUGAAUCAAAUGGGAUUGGAGAAGCAUAAUGAAAUUCCAUUUUCAUCUUACGCGAUGACAAACAAAUUUGAUUUACCAUUGAAAAUUUCUUCGAUUCAACAAUUGCAAAUGCAAGAAGAGCUUUCUAUCGAACUUAAUUGCAUUGAUAUUUACGAUUUUCUUCAAGAUUUAUCUGACAAUACAAAUUCGACUAAAGAUGACAAUUCUCAACUCUUUGGCAACAUACAUAAUAUUCCAACUUUGAUGAAUAUGUGCGCUUUAACAUUUCCUAAUGACGACUUUCAAACUAUUGUAUCAUCAGAUGCUCAAAUCUCGUCUCUUGAAAUGCCCUUAAAGCAACCAAUGAUGUCCAAUAUAUGCAACAAUAUGAGUCAUAUGUCAACGCAGUGCUCAUACAACACAGUAGAUCCAAGGUUUAUAUCCACAACAAAAUUUAUAACCGAGUGCGAUAAUUCCUUCGAGGCUCACAAGAAUACAAGUGACAAAGGGCAAGAGACCGAUAACUUUAAUAACUUCAACAACGAAGACGAUCACAAGAUGGAUGCUAGAGAAAUAUACAAAAGCGAUGAUCAUUUGCCGCGCUCUCUCUUCCAUGACAAUCUUUUCUUGGAGGAUAACUUUGGAGAUGACAUGAUUUGGCCAUUGAAGAUGCAUGAAAGUGAUUUAACUAAAUGGGAAGACUUGGAUUUUGAGAAGUUUAAUUUUUAAAAUUAUAUGCAAGAAAACAUUAUCAUAUGAGAUCGACAUUUUCGAACUCAAAGACUUAUGCUCUUUGGACAUCCUUUUUAUUAUAUUAUAUAUCGUUUUGAAUUUCUCAUCCUAUUUGUUUUUCAUUGAUCAUGUUAUUUUUGUAUUUUUUUUCAAUUUUUCAUGAUGUAAUUUUAUUUUAUUUCUCCGAUCUCUUGAAACUGCAUUCACAUUACUAUUUUAGUCGGCGGGUCAAAAACAUCAUUAUACUUAUAUUUAGAUCAUAUAGUUUCAGCAUGAGUAUUGAUGGACUAUAUAUAUCUUUUUAUAUUCAUUCUAUUUUAGUG